GUGAACGGUGUUCAGUUAGUUGUGUUUUGAUCUCGGAAUAUUACUGUUGUUGAUUUCAAUUCUUAGAUCGUGAAAUAGUUGUUAUUGGAAAUAGUGGAUUACUAUGUCUAUGUUACAACAUCGAUCCUACCGCAGUAAGAGGAUGCCGAAAAGAGGUGAGGGUUGUAUUGCUAAAACAUUGACAUACGAAGAGUUGGACGAUUCUGGCUUCCAUGAUGAAGAACCGUCGCCGAUGGUUGCCGAUUUUCUAGAUGAUGAUUUCGCUUCACCGUUAGCGAUACCCAGUCCCCGACGGAUGCGAAGGAUAACCCGUUCCAGGAGAGUGUCCCCAGUGUCAGUAACUUUGAAUUUUGAUGAUAUAGACGAUGAGGAAGAGCAACAGGUACCCGGUAUUUGUGACCUUUCCCCAUCCGGGUCUCCGGGAUCCCCACCACACAGAAGGCUUCGUGCUUUGCGACUUUUUGACACCCCACACACCCCAAAAUCCCUUCUACAAAAAGCACAGAGAACGAAAACCCGAGAAAAGAAGAAGACGACGCCAGAAUGCAACAAAGUAGAAGCGAACACGAAUCCCUUCACACCUGUAAGCCUCGCGACGGGCGUGAAGCGAAGCAGAUUGGAUAUGGAAAGAAGUUUAUUGGAUGAGUCCUUGCAAGAAGAUUCAGACCCUGAGGUGCCGUCAUCAAAGAAAAUAGCCCUGCAUGAGAUCAACACGUCGCGGUACGUUGAGGAGUUCUACGAGAUCUGUAAGCUGGGCGACGGCGAGUUCGGCAGCGUUCACAAGUGUGUUCACAGACUGGACGGGUGCACGUACGCAAUCAAGAAGUCAAAAACACCAGUAGCUGGCAGCGUCUAUGAACGGAAUGCGAUGAACGAGGUGUAUGCUCAUGCAGUGUUGGGGAAACAUGCACACGUUGUCCGGUACUACUCCGCCUGGGCUGAAGACGACCACAUGUUUAUACAGAAUGAAUACUGUAAUGGUGGUAGUUUAGCGGAUCUCGUAGAUAACCAACGCCACGCGUGUUGUCAGCUCCUGGAGUCAGAGUUGAGUCAGAUCCUGUAUCAGGCGUCGCUUGGCUUGAAGUACAUCCACUCCCAGAACCUAGUGCACCUCGACCUGAAGCCCGGCAACAUCUUCAUCCACCGGAACCCACGCCUCCUGGCGUCGCCCGAGAGCGGCAUGGAGUCGUGUGAGGAGGAGGAGGAGGAGGAGGAGCCAGUCACGUACAAGAUUGGUGAUCUUGGUCAUGUGACAUCCGUCUCUAAUCCGGUUGUCGAGGAAGGUGACUGUCGCUAUCUACCCAGAGAAAUCCUUAACGAAGAUUACGACCAUCUUCCCAAAGCCGACAUCUUCUCUUUAGGCUUGACCAUCUUUGAAGCUGCAUCCUGUGAAAGAUUACCAAAGAAUGGCAAAAUCUGGCAUUCCAUACGAGAUGGUGUUCUACCAGAUCUCCCGGGCUACUUGACCGACUUCCACCAAUUACUGCAGAGUAUGAUCAGCAAGGACCCCCGCGACCGGCCGUCGGCCCAGGCCCUGACACAGCACCCCCUGCUCUGCCCACAGAUACAGAAAACAAAAGCUCAGCUUAGAAAAGAACUCAACGAGGAACGUUUCAAAAAUCAGAUGUUAUCAAAGCAGCUGAUAGAAGCGACGGAGUUCAUCACCCAGGUAACGCCUCUAACGAGUCAACAUUCAAAUCGACUGGCGCGGGUCGGGCGUUUGAUUGGGAACAAGAUGAAGAGAAGCAUGAGUUUGUCUGCCUUCUAGUUGUGCGGGACUCUGACAUUGUUAGACUGUGAUCCCUACUCUGAACCCUGGAGCGAGAGCCUGGUGGCGAACUCUUUAUUCUCACUAACACAGUGAUAUGGUUAAACAACAAUCCUAAUAAUGACUACAAAAUGGCAGUUAUAAAACUUAAACUUAUGAAUGACGUUCAGUUUUGGUUUCAAAUUGUGAAAUUGCAGACAUUAUGUUUUUACACUCAGUUGUACAACAUUUUGCCUGGUUUAGUGUUAAGAGAAAUGACCAAAACAUCUCAUACUUCAAGAAUAAAGCAAAUAGCAGGGAACAUUUUGGGUUUUUAAAAUCUUGAUUAGUAAUAUUUCUAGUAAGUUGAAAAUUGAUUAGCAACUACUGUUUAAUUGUGUAACGAUCUGUGAAACUUGCAUAGUGAAUUAUGAUACAAUGUGAACAAAAUGUUCUCUGAAUAGUCCCCCCAAAUAGUUUUAUACACUUUAUGAUAGUGAUAAAAUUGAUGUUGAAGGGCUUAAUAAUUUAAAACUUUUAAAUCUGCUUGGUGAAUUCAGGAUACAUUUUCAUACCCUGUUGAUAGUAUUUCAUUACUUUUCCGACUUUAAGUGUGUAUUUUAGAAUGAUUAUUCUGGGGUUUGGAGUGGGCCAAGACGAAGUGAUAGUCGUGAUAGUGUGCUGUGGAAUGUCUGAUAAACUGUGCUAUUUUGUUAUUUCUUAACCCCAGGCUGUGACGAAAGUGCAACUUUGUUUCAUGUCCAUUGAAUUGCUUUCUUCCUGUGAUUUUGUAAUUGCCAAUUGUAUAUAUUUAUAUAUAAAAUAGACAAAUGUAUUAUUUUUUUUUAAAUUUUCAAGUGGUGCUGCUAUUAAACAAGCAGAUAUAUUCAAAUUUGAGAGUGAAUGUAUUGUUUGAAUUGUGUGUGUAUAUCUAUCGGGCUAUUUGCAAGUUUAACUAAAGGUGCUUGAUGUUUUGGUUGCUAUAGUUCAUAAUUAUGUAGGUGCUAUUCUAUGCUGGAACAAGGUGUAUGGCUUGUUCGGGGUUUCCUUCACCAUUCCCAUUUUUUAACAAAAAUUGUCAAGAAUAUUCAGAGGACAUUGAUCUGGCGAAAAAAUUAUUGAAGAUCUGUUUUUCUGAUGUAUUAUAUGAAACCUUUUUUACUUUUGAACCAGUCACUAACCCUGCUUAUUUAGCAGGGUAAAGUAUUUUUGCUGUUUGAGCUUUUUCAUUAAAUUACAUUAAUUAAAACAUUUUGUUUAUUUGCUUACAAGUGAGUGGGGGAAAACAGUUUUUGUAAAUCUUUAUUAACUCAAGAAUUUAUCGUUUUAAAAAUACAUUUCAUAACAUUUGGAAAUCUUUAUACAUGUACUUCCCAUAUUGGUUACAGUGGCUUACAGUGGCUUAAAUUUAUCAAUUGAGGCUUUUGAUAUCAUUCCAUAGGGUUACAGUAAUCUUGUGCAAAGAAUUGACAAUUUAUCAAUUGAGGCUUUUGAUAUCAUUCCAUAGGGUUACAGUAAUCUUGUGCAAAGAAUUGACAAUUUAUCAAUUGAGGCUUUUGAUAUCAUUCCAUAGGGUUACAGUAAUCUUGUGCAAAGAAUUGACAAUUUAUCAAUUGAGGCUUUUGAUAUCAUUCCAUAGGGUUACAGUAAUCUUGUGCAAAGAAUUGACAAUUUAUCAAUUGAGGCUUUUGAUAUCAUUCCAUAGGGUUACAGUAAUCUUGUGCAAAGAAUUGACAAUUUAUCAAUUGAGGCUUUUGAUAUCAUUCCAUAGGGUUACAGUAAUCUUGUGCAAAGAAUUGACAAUUUAUCAAUUGAGGCUUUUGAUAUCAUUCCAUAGGGUUACAGUAAUCUUGUGCAAAGAAUUGACAAUUUAUCAAUUGAGGCUUUUGAUAUCAUUCCAUAGGGUUACAGUAAUCUUGUGCAAAGAAUUGACAAUUUAUCAAUUGAGGCUUUUGAUAUCAUUCCAUAGGGUUACAGUAAUCUUGUGCAAAGAAUUGACAAUUUAUGUUAUAUACAGUUAUGGUCUAAUUAUCCUUAAUUAUCAUUUCUCUAUUGACUUAAUAAAACAAGAUUAAAUGAAACAAACACUUUCUAUUUAUUGCUAUAUAUUUUUAAUUAUCAUUUCUCUAUUGACUUAAUAAAACAAGAUUAAAUGAAACAAACACUUUCUAUUUAUUGCUAUAUAUUUUUAAUGUACAGAAUCAUUACUAUUACUUUGAUAACCAAUUUGAUGUUUGCUUGAUUUGAAAUUAAUAUAACAUUCUAGUGGAAUUCAGUACCCUGCUGGUAUGACAUAAUUAAAUAGCUAAUGAUAUAUCUAGGUUACCAUGGGCAUUAUGUUUGUUUAAUGAUUUUCAUGUGCUUCUGUUUUGGUGGCACACUGAAGUAGUGUACCUUAACGAAAUAGGUACACUUAUAAAUCAUGAUUAUAUCAAAUUAUUUUUUAUCUAAAUCGUGAUUAUUUGAAAUUAUUCUUGGUGUAAAUCGUGAUUAUAUCAAAUUAUUCUUGGUAUAAAUUAUGAUUAUAUCAAAUUCUUGGUUGCUGUUAGGAACAAUGACUAUGCCAAAGACACUGGUGUAUAUUUUGUAAAUAUGAGAAAUAAAAAUUAAAAAUUAA